CAGGCACGGCCCGCCAUGCGUCCAGCCACGUCCUGCUGCCAAGCACAAGCACGAGCACAGCGGGCAACAAACCAACAGCAGACAAGUGUUCCCCGGCAGUGCUCGUAUCUUAGCUGCUUUCUCGUUACUCCCAACUGUGCAUAGGUUUACCCUUAUGUGGUUCAGACUUUGGUUCAGACUUUGGUUCAGACUUUGGUUCAGACUUUGGUUCAGACUUUGGCUCCGACUUUGGUUCAGACCGACUUGUAACAUGAACGUGAAACGCCGCAAAGGCCCGUUGGUUGAGGCCUUGAGAGUACCUACGCCUCGACCUGUGUUACAGCACCUCGAGGCGCACGCCGGUGCCUGGGUCGUGACAAAAUUUCGGGCAAUUUACUCGGGCGACAAGUCGCUCGCCUUCUUCCUAGAGAAUCGGCAGGCGGUGGUGAAUGGCCUCAUUAGUCUGCUGUGGGAGCCGUUGCUGCUGGCGGCGGCGGCGGCCGGCGUGGAUGGGCCGGCGCAACGCCUCGGCAUCCCGGUGACUAGCCGCGGUGGCGGGGGCGGUGCCGCAGCGGCGGUGGUGUGCAUCCAGUUCGAUGCCACCUUCCCGUGCGAGCUGGAGCCUAAGCUGUCGGAGCUGUUGGACGAGGGCGGCGGCGUGGUGGCUCCCGCCGCCGGUGAUAUCCCCAGCCUUCGCUGGGAGGCUGAGGCGCAGUACUCGGAGGCGGGGCCCCCCAAGGGCAAGCGGUGGCUGCGCGUGAGCGGCCUGCCCCACGGACUGCCCGAGGGACUACAGCGGGACCUCGUGCAGCACCUCUUGAGUACCCCAGUAGAGGAGAUUAAGCGGGACGUGUUCUCAUACCAGUUCUCGCAGCCCGUGCUGCAGAGUGGGCAAGUGCUGGUGAAGGUGGGCGACACCGCGCGCCUGCCAUCGGCCGACGACGCUUUCGCGGUGGGACUGGGCAGGUGGGGGCGUCAGGUGAUCUUCCAGCGGGAGGACAUCGAUCGGUACCUCGCGCAGGCGGCCCGGGGGGCCCAGGUGCGCCGGGUGCGCCGCCCGCCGCCUGCCCCGGCUGCCGCCCGAGCGGCGGCCACGGCGGCUCCGGACGCGGCGGCCACGGCGGCCGCGGCUGCGGCCGCGGCUGCGGCUGCGACCGUGAGGGCGACCGCGGCGGCGGAGGCCGCGGCUGCGGCGGUCGCCGCGGCGGUUGCCGCGGGCGCGGAUGCCGCCGCUGUGGGGGUGCUGAAGGCGGCGGCGGCUGCUGCCGCAGAGGCUGUGGGCGUGGGCGUGGGCGACGGUGGCGGCCGUGGUGCCGCGGCGGGCCUUGGGCUCGACGGCCGAGGCAACGGCAACGGCAGCGGCCGCGGCCGCGACGCCCGCCCGUGGCAGCAGAAGGUCCGCGGCCGCGUGGUGUCCGCGGCUGAAGAGGCGGACGCGCUGGUGGUCCGGUCGCUGGUGCAGGCGGUCUUCGCCGCGGUGAUCGCGAACGCGGCCGUGGUGCCGGCGGUGGUGGUUGACCCCAACCCCUUCCGCAUGCUGGUGGACCAGGACGCGAUGGAGGCGAUGCCUGACGACGAUGAGGUGAUGCCGGACCGGACGCCGACUGCGCUGGACGCUGCGGCAGCUGCGGCCCGGCGUGCGGCCCCCAAGCGGAGCCGGGAGCAGGCGCAGGCGGCGGCCGCGGCGGGCGAGGCGGCGCUGGCGCUGGCCAUCCGGGAGAGCAAGGCGGCCAAACAGGCCUUGGCGACGGCGGCGGCGGUGCGAGCCGCCGCAACAGCCGCGGCGGCGGCGGCAGCAGCGGCCGGGGCCACGGGCACCCCGGCGGCGGCCGAGGCCGGGGCGGCCGCGGCGGUUGUCGCGACAGCAGGCGUGAGUGGCACGAUGGCCGCCGUAGAGGCCACCGCUGCGGCGGGCGUGGAGCCGGCCUCGCCGCCGGCCGCGCCGGUGUCAACGGCGGGCUUGGGGGGCAUCGUGGGCCCGGCGGUCCUGCCCGCGGGGUGGAGCAGCGACGGUGGUGUGGGUGAUGAGGGCCUGGCGGGCGGCGUCGGGCAGGGGCUGCUGGGGGAUGCGGAGACAGCGCCGGAUGCCAACGCGAAGCUGCUGUGUCAGGGCCGGCGGGGCGGUCCUGGCGACUUCAUGGACGUUAAGACGCACGUUCUUGACUCGGACAUCGACCUUGUCACGGCGGACCUGGCGGCAGCCGCUCAGCGGCUGCAUGCACGCGAGUGGACUGCGUGGUGGGCGCCGGCCCAGAAGCCGGAGGGCCGUCGUGUUACUGGCGGUACGGCAAUCCUCAUUCGGUCGAGCCUCCUGCAGCAAGGCGCCAUGGUGCUCGCUGGCGGCGCAGCUGCCGUGUCGGUGGCGGCUGGCGCGUGGGCGGGCCGCGGUGUUAGUUUGCAGUUGCAGUGGGGUGGCCACACCUUCACGCUGACGUCAGCCUACUUUCCCCUGGCAUCCACAGCGCAGCAGGCUUUCAUUCGUGAGUGGGUGGGCCUUCGGGCGUCGGGCUCGGGCGAGCACCUCCUGGCAGCUGACUUCAACUUUGUGGCAGAUGUGGCGCUGGACACCGUCACUGGCCGGGCGCGCAGCGACGGACCCGCAGCCGCCGCGCUGGCGGCGGCGUGCCCUGGCCUCAUUGACGUGUUACGGCGGCGCCACCCGGCUCGCCGCGUGUGUACCUUCUUCCACCCCCACGGGGCGAGUCGGCUGGACCGCAUUCUGUGCAGUGGCGGCCUCGAACCGCAGGUCCUGGAGUGCGGCGUCGCCGCCGGGGUGCCCUCCGAUCAUAUGCUUGUGACGGUUGCCCUUGCGGCGUCGCCUGAAGCCGCGCCACCCGCUCGGAGCCUGCCCAGGGCCCACCUCGGUUUCCGGGACUUCAAAGACUUGGAUCGUGACUACCGUGCCUGGCUGGGUGCGGCCCUGGCGGCACGCCCUACUGAUCCUGUUGAGCUGCUGGAGUGGUGGCCGGCCCUUAAACGGGCUGCCGCCACGUCCGCCAACCGCCUGAGCCGGGAAGCUGUUACGAGGCGUGUGGCCGCCAGCCAGCGGGAGGCGGCCGCGCUUGAUGCGGCGGCAGCAGCUGCCGCCGCGGUGGAGGCUGGCGGUGAUGUGCAGGUGGCGGCGCAGGCGGCCGUGCGGGCGCGGUGCACGGCGGCGGAGGCCGCCGUGGCCGCGGCCGCCGGCGCGGCGCGACGUACGCGCCACGCGUGGCUGCGUGGCGGCGAGAAGCCCUGCCCUCUCCUCACGCGCAUGCUGCGGCCGGCGGGUGGGCCGCGCGUGAUUGCCAAGUUGAAACAGCCCAAUGGCACCACUACAUCCGACCCCACGGUCAUGGGGCAGGUGAUGGCGCGGUACUGGAGGGACGUCAGUGCCGCGCCGCCGCCCGCUCCGGAUGCCCGCACGCAAGUCCUGGAUGCGCUGCAACAGCACGGGCGCCGGUGUACAGCCGAAGAGGCGGAUCAGCUGGGGCGGGUUGCGGUCUCGGCGGCGGAG